AUGAACCGCAAAGAUCUAUCUGAAGCCCAGCGUGCCGGAGCCUCUGCUCGGCUGCGGCCGGUGCCCCGUAGGCGCCUUGGGCGCUUCACUGCAGAAUUCGCGGGAAACGUUUGCUCUGAGUGCCCUGAUUUGGGGAUUCAAAACUAUGUUAUUAUCACCAUUUAUGACUCUGUAGCCGGGGCUGCAAGCAAGCAGACAGGGUCUACCGUGUCUCCCUGGAGGGACAAAGUAGACUUAAAACUGUUUUCAGAGCCAGUGGUGCUGACAGAUACGAACCUGGUUUAUCCUGCUCUGAAAUGGGACCUGGACUACCUCCAAGAAAACAUUGGCAGUGGGGACUUCUCAGUGUACAGUGCCAGCACACACAAGUUUCUGUACUACGAUGAGAAGAAGAUGGGCAAUUUCAAGAACUUCAAGCCCAAGUCGAGCAGAGAAGAGAUGAAGUUUGCCGAGUUUGUGGACAGACUUAAAGAAAUACAACAGAAAGGGAGUGCUGAGAAGCUAUACCUGCAGCAAACCCUGAAUGACACAGUUGGAAGGAAAAUUGUGGUGGAUUUUCUUGGCUUCAACUGGAACUGGAUUAACAAACAGCAAGGGAAACGUGGCUGGGGUCAGUUGACCUCUAACUUGCUUCUUAUUGGCAUGGAAGGGAAUGUGACACCAGCUCAUUAUGAUGAGCAGCAGAACUUCUUUGCCCAGAUUAAGGGCUACAAAAGAUGUAUCCUGUUUCCUCCUGAUCAGUUUGAGUGCCUCUACCCUUACCCUGUGCACCAUCCAUGCGAUAGGCAGAGCCAGGUGGACUUCGACAAUCCUGACUACGAGAAGUUUCCAAAUUUCCGGAGUGUUGUAGGCUAUGAAACAGUGGUGGGUCCAGGCGAUGUGCUCUACAUACCUAUGUACUGGUGGCACCACAUUGAGUCUCUCCUGAAUGGGGGGAUUACCAUCACUGUGAACUUCUGGUACAAGGGUGCCCCUACCCCAAAGAGAAUUGAAUAUCCAUUAAAGGCUCAUCAGAAAGUGGCAAUAAUGAGAAACAUUGAGAAGAUGUUGGGAGAGGCCCUAGGAAAUCCACAAGAGGUGGGUCCCUUGUUGAAUAUGAUGAUUAAGGGACGGUAUGACUAAUGGCUGGCUGCCCGGGUGACUGAUGUUGGAGCUGCUUUGUUCACGAGCAAUGGAAGAUACUGAGCGCUAGUCUUGCACGCAGCACUUAAGAGACUGAUGGGUUUUCUGGCCCAUCCUUGUCCCUGCCCCACUACAAUACAGGGGGCUUCUGGAACUGCAGAACCAUUAGUAUCCCAUCCAUCCUCCACUCUCAUCUAACUGAACCUCCCAAGAAAGAGUCUGCACUUACUGGAAGCUGGAUUCAUGCUCACUAACUUGUUAAUUUUUCUCCCCCUCCCUCUGCCCUGUUUGCCACAACGAAGAGCAUGGCUUCUGGCACUCAGAUAUGUUGCGUAAGGAUUUUACAGGCAUUUGAAGAAGAGCUUGGAGAGGAACCAGGAGUCGUUUUGUUUCCUCAGCCUCCUGGGUUUGGGUUCCCUGUCUGAGUUUGUGUUGGUGCCUGCAGUGGAUAUAAGAUGAGAAAUGUUAGAUUUCAGUCCUCUGUUGUUAGAGGACCUGUCCAUGCUCAAUUUUGGCACCUUUUUGUAUAGUGUAAAUGAACACAUGAUGGCCUGUGUGUGAGGAGCAACUGGACAAAUUAUUAAUUUCCUUCAACUCAAGACAUUUAUUCUUGGGACUUUGGUACAGAGUAGAGAGAUCAGAUUGA